ACUGUCAUUUUUGUGUAGGGAUUGCGAAGUGCAGUUGAAAUAUUUUACGCCUCCUUUUUUAAAGAAUUGUAGAGUAAGACAAGUUUAAAUUGCCAAUAACACUGUUGGUUUUUGUGUUGUUCUUUCUAAACAAUUUUAUACAAAAAAAUUGGUACAAUCUAAAGUGUACGGGAAUCGAAUUAUUGAAGACGAAACAUUGUAGGAAAACGACACAUCUUGGUGUUUGGGACCCUUGACCCUGUGCAAGUUUUUCAACAUGAAGAAGAAGGUACUUUUGAUGGGCAAGAGUGGGUCGGGCAAGACCAGUAUGAGGUCUAUAAUAUUUGCCAACUACAUUGCCAGGGAUACUAGAAGAUUAGGAGCUACAAUUGAUGUGGAGCACUCACAUGUCCGGUUCUUGGGCAACCUGGUUCUAAAUUUGUGGGACUGUGGGGGGCAGGAGGCUUUCAUGGAGAACUACUUCGCAUCACAGAGAGACAACAUCUUCAGGAAUGUGGAAGUCCUCAUAUAUGUGUUUGAUGUGGAAAGUAGAGAGAUGGAGAAGGAUAUGCACUACUACCAGUCAUGUUUGGAAGCUAUAUUACAGAACUCGCCGGAGGCCCGGAUAUUCUGCUUAGUGCACAAGAUGGACCUGGUCACGGAGGAGCAACGAGAAGAGAUCUUCAAGGAGCGGGAGGAGGACCUCAAGCGGUUGUCCAAGCCACUAGACUGUACCUGCUUCCGGACUAGCAUAUGGGACGAGACUUUAUACAAAGCGUGGUCAAGCAUAGUAUACAAGCUAAUACCUAAUGUCAAGGCGUUAGAAUCAUCGUUAAAACAGUUCGCGCAGAUCGUAGACGCAGAUGAGGUGUUACUGUUCGAGCGGGCUACGUUCCUAGUGGUGUCGCAUUGUCAGCGGCGGCCGCACCGCGACGCGCACCGCUUCGAAAAGGUUUCCAACAUCGUCAAGCAGUUCAAACUAUCCUGCUCCAAGCUAGCCGCGCAGUUCCAGAGCAUGGAGGUACGCAACAGUGUGUUCGCGGCGUUCAUAGACGGAUUUACGUCGAACACUUACGUCAUGGUGGAGAUGUCCGACCCGAAGAUCCCGUCCGAAGCGACGCUCAUCAACAUCCGGAACGCGAGGAAACACUUCGAAAAGCUAGAGAAAGUAUCUUCCAGUGCGCCCAGCCAAUACCAAUGAGGCUGACGUAGGUAGUAGAAUAAUUUGUUCUGAUCGACUUCUAAAAAAAGAGGUUGGGAGGCUGUUAGGACUGCUAACCGUGCAUACGCAGCGAUUGUAGAGUGAUCCUUGCGGAUAUAGAACUUAGAUUAAGUUGCCUGUUAUGCGGACAGGAAAACUACAAUUGCAUUAAAGUCGGUAUGGUAGGAAAUAAGCCCUAAUAGAUAGAUAGUAGACAUAGCAAAUUUGUAAAGACCACAGGUUUAAAGAUUUUAGAAAAUAUUUAAAUUUGUCCGACAUACAUCGCUACAGUUUUUGUGCUCUAACAAGGUCCCAUGACAGCAGGACAGAAAGAUAGAGUACAACUUAGUGCGACAGAGACAGACAAAGAAAUAUUAUCAUUCUAACAGCUACGCACCAUGUUAUAACGCAAAAGGUAUAGCUUAAUUAUGUUUAUUAUAAAGACGUUUAGCGUAAAAAUACAAAGAAUAAAAGAACAUUCUUUGUUAACUUGCCAAAAUUACAUGUGUCGAGGAUCAUUCUGCAACAGAGUAAGGAAACAAACACGCAUAACAUAGGGGGUCAAAAAGACUACAUCAAAACAAUUCAUCUAAAAAAGCAAUAUUUAUAUUUGACAGUUGUUUGCAUUGCGCACUUACUUUUAUAUGCGCAAAUGUCAAAUUGCAAUAAUGCUUUUUUAAGAUGAAUUGCUUUGAUGUGGCGUUUUUUAACCCCAAGCUCACUACUAUAUCCCCAUUGGGGUUGUCAGAAGUACAUCCAUCGCAAAAUUUAGUUCUUGCGUACCCACAUCUCACGGAGCUUUCUGUUAGAUUACACCAACGUGAUAGGUUGAGCCGUGUAACGCGUACGACAAUCGUUAUGUUUGUUGUUGCUGGCUUUAAUAUAUUUUAUGCCACCGAUAGUUUGAAUAUGGCGCGACAACUGCAAUGUUUCUUAAUAACAUUUGGAAAUAAUUAUUAUAUCAUAUUCGUUCUUUUUAGUUACUAUUUUAUGUUAAUCAAAAUUACAGGAGGUGAUCUAAUGGGCGCCCUUUUUGUAAAAUUAUUUAUCGUACUUUGAAUUGCAACUUUCAAAAUUGUAUUUAAAAAUAAACUUAACCAUGACACGUCCGAAUUGUACGACAAAGUAUAAAGAAAAUGGCGCCCAUUGGAUUAAGCCUAGUGUAGAAUAUAUAAAAUUAAAACAAAUUUCUUAAAGCUAUAAAAUUUUAUUCCUUCAUAAUUCAUAUGUAUAAGCAUAAGUUUUAUUGCUGUGAUUCAAAUUUGGAAUGUAGUUUUGUAAAUUAAAAGAUAAUAAUACGCAUUCGAUUUUCUUGCCGCAUUUUCAUGAGGUAAGGUUUCAUAAACCUUAUAUUUAAAAAGUUAUGUUUAAAAAAACCGUCGGUAACGUCAUUUUAUCAAUGUGAGUUGUCCUUAUAAUCGCUUUAACUAAACUACAAUCCAAAUUACUUGUCUAUUAGAUAUUUAUGAUGAGAACAUUUGUAUGAUUAUUUUUGUUAUUGUUAGAAUGUUGAUUCUUGUACCGGCGUACAAGGGAAACCACAUUAGAAACCAUAUUAGAAAUAUAAAAAACUAUUUUCUUUGAUUUUGUACAAAAAUACCUUAUUUUUCCUUUUUGAAGAGAAUGGCGGUACCUUUUCGAAGUACGCAAAAAUUAUAAAGCGUAUCCUUUGAUUUAUAAUAUUAUGGGUCUUGUAUUGAAAGCCUCGAUCGCAGGUAUACUACCAGUAAGUAGUGUACAGUCAUGAGUAAUAUCAUGUACCCACUUUAGAACCCUGUCGCACUAUCAUGUUUGACAUUUAAUGAGACUUACGGUUUCAUUUGUCAAAAAAGUUAAUGUGACAUGGUAUUGAAGUGUAUACAUAUUAGUACUCGUGACCGUACCUAGGGUAUAUUCGCGACUCGAAGCUUUAUUUCAUAGAAAAAGCUAAAAAUCGUUUAAAAACAUAUAUACGAGUAUAGCUAAAUAAAUAACUGGCCACUUAAAAUAAUUACAAAGCUUAAAAUACAUCGUAACUAGAGCAUUUUAUGUACCAUGCAGCAUACAACUGUUACCUACGUCAUUAUAUUUUACACUUGGGUAUACCAUAGAAGUAAAUAAAUUAACUGUAGAUGUUUCUUUAAACCCUUAAAUAUGUUUUUAAUAUAAGUCCGGCCAAUGUUUAGCUUCCGCUAUGUCGAUAUCACAAAGACAGUGCGACAUUUUUAUCACAUUAAAUAUAUAAAUUACGUUUUGUAAA